GAUCUAUUCUAGGAUUCAUCCACCACCUCGAACAAUACCCCAUCUACAACCAUCUACCUCUAUCUAUCUCUGACGCCUUCUCCACCAUCCGCUUAAUUACACAUCGCCUAGCCAAAUACCGCCCUAUAUAAUGUCGGACGAACCCGUGCUAAAGGCAGACAAGGACUUCACUGAAACACUAGACAGACAGCUUCCGGAGAUAUUAUCACUCACUAAGACAAACAAAGCAAACCUCCCAGCCGCCAUCGAAAAGCUCCUAGCAUUAGAAAAGCAAACGAGACAGGCUAAUGAUUUGGCUUCUACCAACCGCCUCCUCACCACGAUUGUUUCACUAUGCAAGGAUGCCGGGGAGUGGAAGCUUAUGAACGAGCAUGUCCAAAUACUCUCAAAGAAACAUGGCCAACUGAAGCAGGCCACAACUAAGAUGGUGCAGACUGUGAUGGGUUUCCUUGAUGAGACACCUGAUACCGAGACGAAGCUCUCCGUUAUUGAAACGUUGAGGACAGUUACUGAAGGCAAGAUUUUUGUUGAGGUUGAGCGGGCUCGUAUAACCCGCAUCCUCUGCCAUAUCAAGAAGGCCCAGGGUGACCUUGCCGGAGCCACUGAUGUUUUGUGUGAACUUCAAGUCGAAACAUUCGGGUCUAUGGAUCGACGGGAGAAGACAGAAUUUAUUCUCGAGCAAGUCGAGUUCUGUAUUGAACGUGGAGACUUCACCCAGGCGGGAAUUCUUUCGCGAAAAAUUUCUACAAAAUACUUUGCCCAAAAAGAAGUAUCUGAUCUGAAAUUGAAGUUUUAUGAUCAGCAAAUCCAACUUGCAAAACAAGAGGAUAAAUAUCUGGAUGUGUGCAAACACUAUAAGGCAGUUUACGACACCCCGAGUGUAGUUGAGGACCCUCAUAAGUUGAAGAGUGUACUCGAGAGGAUCAUAUAUUACAUUAUCCUGGCCCCCUACGAUAACGAGCAAUCAGACCUACUGCAUCGCAUUCAUGCAGAUCCGAAUCUAAGUUUGGUUCAAAAACAAUCAAAUCUUCUCAAAUGCUUUACAGUUCAUGAGUUGAUGCGCUGGCCUCUUAUCGCUGAAAAUUACGGGGCCGGGUUACGCACUUCCGAUGUUUUUGCGAUUGGUGACCCUAGGGCCGAGAAACGCUGGGAUGACCUGAGGAAACGUGUUAUCGAACACAAUGUAAGAGUUGUCGCAAAGUAUUAUACCAGGAUCAGGAUGGACAGAUUAAAGGUUCUCCUCGAUCUGGACGAGGAUGAGGCCGAAACCUAUCUAAGCCAGCUGGUAACCCAAAAGACUGUCUACGCCAAAAUAGAUAGACCUGCGAGAAUCAUCUCCUUUGCUGAGCCCCGAGACGCGGACGAUGUCCUUAAUGAAUGGAGUGGCAAUAUGAAGAGUCUUCUAGGGCUGUUGGAGAGAAUUGACCAUCUGAUCACAAAGGAGGAAAUGAUGGCCAAUAUCGCCCCAAAGGUUAAGAGCAAAGGAAAGGCUAAAUGAGGUGGAUGUAGCUAGAUUUGUGUAUAAUAGACAUUGCGGCAAUACACGCAAAGUUGCUAGCUCCUUAUUCACACCACAUUUCCUCUGCCUGCAA